AUGGGGGUGAAGGAGAGAUGCGGCCCGGCGGCGAACGUCCAAGCUUCGGGAUUCUCCUACCUGGGCAUCUCGGCUCGCAGCCGUCGAGGCGACCCUCAGCGCCUCCUUCCCACCACGCUGGAGCCUCUGCGAGGGCGCGGGGACGCGCGGAGCAUCUGGGGGGGUGAGGAGGCAGUCUGCCGGACCGGGGACAGGGUUUCGGACCGCUGGUCUGAGCACGUGUCUCGGGGCCUGUCACGCCCCGGGUCCCGCGGCCGGAACCUCGCGAUUCUGGGGCUGGGACCCGCGGGCCUUCCUGUCGGCCUGGGUCCCAGCAGACCCCUGCCUACCUUCCCCACUUUGGAGUGCACCUCGGACGUGGAGCCAGACACCCGGGAGAUGGUGCGUGCCCAGAACAAGAAGAAGAAGAAGUCCGGAGGCUUCCAGUCCAUGGGCUUGAGCUACCCAGUGUUCAAGGGCAUCAUGAAGAAAGGCUACAAGGUGCCAACACCCAUCCAGAGGAAGACCAUCCCUGUCAUCCUGGACGGCAAGGACGUGGUGGCCAUGGCCCGGACGGGCAGCGGCAAGACAGCCUGCUUCCUCCUCCCCAUGUUUGAGCGACUCAAGGCCCACAGCGCCCAGACAGGGGCCCGCGCCCUUGUCCUCUCGCCCACCCGAGAGUUGGCCCUGCAGACCAUGAAGUUCACCAAGGAGCUGGGAAAGUUCACUGGCCUCAAGACUGCCCUGAUCCUGGGCGGAGACAAAAUGGAGGACCAGUUUGCGGCCCUGCACGAAAAUCCCGACAUAAUCAUUGCCACACCCGGGCGGUUGGUGCAUGUGGCUGUGGAGAUGAACUUGAAGUUGCAGAGCGUGGAGUAUGUGGUAUUCGAUGAAGCCGACCGGCAAUUUGCCCAGGCUGGCCUCACGGAACCCGUGCUCAUCCGGCUCGACGUGGACGCCAAGCUCAACGAGCAGCUCAAGACCUCCUUCUUCCUGGUGCGCGAGGACGCCAAGGCCGCCGUGCUGCUCUACCUGCUGCGCAACGUGGUGCGGCCCCAGGACCAGACGGUGGUGUUUGUGGCCACGAAGCACCACGCCGAGUACCUCGCCGAGCUGCUGACGGCCCAGCGGGUGAGCUGCACCUACAUCUACAGCGCCCUGGACCAGACGGCCCGCAAGAUCAACCUGGCCAAGUUCAUGCACGGCAAGUGCUCCGCCCUCAUUGUGACCGACCUGGCCGCGCGGGGCCUGGACAUCCCGUUGCUGGACUGUGUCAUCAACUACAGCUUCCCAGCCAAGGGCAAGCUCUUCCUGCACCGCGUGGGCCGUGUAGCUCGGGCUGGCAGAAGUGGUACAGCCUACUCCUUGGUGGCCCCAGACGAGGUCCCCUACUUGCUGGACCUGCACCUGUUCCUGGGCCGCUCCCUCACCCUCGCCCGCCCCCACGAGGAACCCUCAGGUGUGGCCGGGGUGGAUGGCGUGCUGGGCCGUGUGCCACAGAGCGUGGUGGACGAGGAGGACAGCAGCCUGCAGAGCACCCUGGAGGCGUCCCAGGAGCUGCGGGGCCUGGGCCACGUGGCCAGCAAUGCCCAGCAGCAGUACGUGCGCUCACGGCCCGCGCCCUCACCAGAGUCCAUCAAGAGGGCCAAGGAGCUGGACCUUGCGAGGCUGGGCCUGCACCCCCUCUUCAGCUCCCGCUUCGAAGAGGAGGAGCUGCAGCGGCUGAGGCUGGUGGACAGCAUCAAGAACUACCGCGCCCGGGCGACCAUCUUUGAGAUCAAUGCCUCCAGCCAGGACCUGAGCAGCCAGGUGAUGCGUGCCAAGCGGCAGAAGGACCACAAGGCCAUUGCCCGCUUCCAGCAGGGGAGGCAAGAGCGGCAGGAGGGCCUGGUGGGCCCAGCUGGUCCAGCCCCUGGUCUCCCAGCACCGCAGGAGGAGCGACCCGAGAAGGAAGAGGAGGGCGACACAGCAGAGAGCGUGGAGGACAUCUUCACAGAGGUUGUGGGCCAGAAGCGGCAGCAGCCAGGACCUGACAGGGGAGCCAAGAAGCGGAGGUUGGAGGCCCGGCAGCGGGACCAGGAGUUCUACGUCCCCUACCGGCCCAAGGACUUUGACAGCGAGCGGGGGUUGAGCGUCAGCGGGGACAGGGGAGCCUUUGAGCAGCAGGUGGCCGGUGCUGUCCUGGACCUGAUGGGGGACGAAGCCCAGAACCUGACCAGGGGCCGGCAGCAGCUCAAGUGGGACCGGAAGAAGAAGCGGUUUGUGGGACACUCGGGCCAGGAGGACAAGAAGAAGAUCAAGACGGAGAGCGGCCGCUACAUCAGCAGCUCCUACAAGCGGGACCUCUACCAAAAGUGGAAGCAGAAACAGAAGAUCGAGGAUCGCGACUCGGAGGAAGAAGGGACAUCUGAGCCGCGAGGCCCAGAGCGAAGAAGUGGGAAGCGCGGCCGUGGCCAGGGUGCCUCCCAGCCCCGCGCCCCGGGCGCCCCUGCAGGCCGCGUGCGCUCAGAGCUCAGAACCAAGCAGCAGAUCCUGAAGCAGCGACGCCGGGCCCAGAAGCUGCGCUUCCUGCAGCGCGGGGGUCUCAAGCAGCUCUCGGCCCGCAACCGCCGCCGUGUCCAGGAGCUGCGGCAGGGUGCUUUCGGCCGCGGCAGCCCCUCCAAGAAGGGCAGGAUGAGGAAGAGGAUGUGAGGACCCGGCCCCGGCUGCUCACUCGCCUAGCUGGACGUCAGCUGCCGUUUCCAGCGCACUGUUGUGCGCCCGGCACCGGGAGAGCUCCCAAAGGAGCCGGUGCCUUGACGAGGAGGGCUGCAUGGCCACGGGGGGGCAGCAGCUGCCUCUGCCUCGAACAGAGACGUCAUCGGAGCAGGGUCUUGAAGGUUGUGUAGGAGUUCGCCAGCAAAACCAGGCAGGCCAAGACCUGAGUUGGCAACUCAGCUGCUGCUGCUUCCAAGUGUUCUGGGUUCAGAGGUCGUGGCUACACAGGUCUGAGCCCUGAGUGCCUCAGGUUCCCCUGAUGGGUUUUUUAACGUAAUAAAUCUUUAUUGAGCACCAC